ACUUGCUUAGAUUUUUACAUUUAUUUUCAGAUCAAAGUCUUGGAUAACCCAUCAGGUGUCUUUCAUUUUAUGCAAUCCCUUGCCUUGCUAAUGUCUCCUGUCAAAAAUCGGGCGGACUUCAUGUGCCAUAUGAAACCGAGUGAAAGGACAAGUUCCUCUUCAUCUGGGAAAGAAUCUGGAAACUGGACCCUGGUAGAUGAAGGAGGAGAAGAGGAUGAAGAUCCUGAGACAAGCUGGAUUCUGCUUUUGGAAGAUGACUUGAUUGCCCUGUUGUCACAAUUUCCAUUUCAUGAGCUCUUCCAACAGUUCCUUGGGUUUAAGUCUGGAGGUGCUUAUUUUCCUGAAAAAACAACUCCCCAGGAGAUGAUGAAGAUUUUUGCUUUUGCAAAUUCCUUAGUAGAACUUCUGUCUGUGGGGUUGGAAACAUUUAACAGAGCACGGUACCGGCAGUUUGUGAAACGAAUUGGUCAGCUGAUCAAGAUGACGCUUUGCCAUGUGAGUGACCACUGGGCCAUAUAUGUUAAUGACAAUAAACAAUAUGGAUCAGUAGCUCAUCUCUACUCUGUGGAAAAAUUGCAACUGGAGUUUGAUGAGCUGUUUUUUAGAGCUGUUCUACAUGUUCUGAAGGCAAAAAGAUUGGGAGUCUGGUUGUUCAUGUCCGAGAUGCCUUACGAAACCUUAUCCAGCAACAUGCUUUGGAGGCUCUUCUUUGUUAUGCACUGUGCAGAGAGCGAGCACCUGGAAAAGCUCUGCUCUGAUCUGCAACCUACUGACUGCAAACGAAGACUCACAGACCCAGAGCAUCUUGACAAUUUUGAGAAGUAUCUCAAAUCUAUGAACUGCUCAGAAGAAAUCUGUCUGCUCACCACAUUUGCUCAGAUGGCACAAACCAAACGGGCUGAUAUUGAUGAGGAUUUUGUCAAAAUCAUUGUUCUGGAGAUAUAUGAGGUGUCUUAUGUUCGUCUUUCCACAAGAGAGACAUUUUCAAAAGUUGGUCGAGAACUCUUGGGAGCAAUUGCCGGCAUCCAUACACAGAUUGUUUCUGUGCUGCUGGAUCGAGUUAGAGAGACCAUUGAGCAAGUUGGGAUGGUUUCUUUAUAUCUGUUUAAAGAACUGCCAUUGUACCUUUGGAAGCCUUCUUCCUCUGAGAUAGCACUGAUCCGUGACUGGUUAUUAAAUUACAACCUAACAACAGUGGAGAAUAAACUAGCCUGCAUCAUCUUGGAGGGGCUAAACUGGGGAUUUGGUGAGCAUGAUGCUCUUCAUCUGGAUCCAGCUGUCCAUGCUGAAGUUGCAUUGAUGGUCCUGGAAGCAUAUCAGAAAUAUCUCUCCCAGAAGCCAUAUGCUGGGCUGCUUUCUGAAAGCAUAAAACAGGUCUCCUACUUAGCCAGCAUUGUUCGGUACGGAGAAACGCCAGAGACCUCCUUUAAUCAGUGGGCAUGGGGGUUGAUCUUGAGGUUAAAACUUCACAGAAAUGACCGUGGCGUGCAGCAUGGCUGGCCUGUAGUCCCUGGGUGCGACAGUGUGCUCGACAUGACGGAGUCGGUCACACUUCAUCCCCUCCUGAAGGCCGUUAAAGCAAGCGUCCCUCUGGGAUGUUAUAUGGCACUGGCAAUGACUGCGCUAGGUCACAGCAUUGAGAAGUUCUGUGCUGACGGUAUCCCUCUCUUGGGUGUACUCGUUCAGUCUCGAUACCUGAGAACAGUAGUCCAUGUGCUCGAUAAAAUUUUACCCUUAUUUUACUGUUGCCCAUAUUAUCUCCUGAAGAAUGAACAGUUUUUAUCUUACGUCCAGCUGUUCCUUCAUUUGGAUAGCGGAGUCCCUCAAGGCAUGACCCAGCAGGUUACCCAUAAGGUAACGCAGCACUUGACAGGUGUGAGCUAUGGAGAAAAUAUUAAGCUGCUGAGUAGUAUGAUACAGACUCACAUUUUUCAAAGUGACCAGCCACAUGGAGUGGGGCCGACUGCAGUGCUCGAGUUCUGGGUUCAGCUCCUCACCAGCCAGCAGCUGUGGCACAGGGACCGGGCGACACUUUUCUUACUGGAUGACUUGUGUAAAGCUGCUUUUCAGUACAGUCAAGAGGACUGUGUACAAAAGUUGCUUUACCAGCAACACAAGAAUGCUUUGGGCUAUCAUUGUGACAAAGGUCUGCUGUCUUCGCUUGUUAGCUGGAUUGUGGCAGGCAACGUGACACCUUCCUUUGUUGAAGGCAGUGCCAAUUCCUCUCAGGUCUGGUUUGCCUGGGUGGUGUUAAAUAUGGAGUCAAUAUUUGAAGAAGAUUCACAGCUCCGCAGGGUUGUGGAGGGGGAGUUGGUUAUCAAUGCUUUGACUCCUGAUCAAGCUUUGAAGAAGGCACAGACUCAACUGAAGCUGCCCAUUGUGCCAUCCCUCCAGAGGCUCAUGAUUUACCGCUGGGCCCACCAGGCGGUUGCUACCCCUGCUGAUCACCCUCUCAUGCCGCUCAUCUGGCAGAAAUUCUUCCUCCUUUACCUGCACCGACCAGGACCACAGUAUGGAUUACCUGUAGAUGGAUGUAUCGGAAGGCGUUUUUUCCAGAGUGCAGCUCACGUUACCUUACUAAAUGAAAUGAAGCAGCGCUUAAUAGAGGUAGCAGACUUCCACCAUGCUGCCAGUAAAGCAUUGAGAGUGGAGAGUCCUGCUGAGGGCAGUGACAGAUCACCAGAGAAGGCAAACUGCUCACCAGAUUACCUGACUUCACCAGAACUACAUAAGGAACUUGUCAGGCUUUGUAAUGUUUUUGUUUUGUGGCUGGAAGAGGAGAGUUUCCAGAAAGGAGACAUAUACAUUCCUUCUUUACCGAGGCAGUAUGAUGCACACAGACUUGCUAAAGUCAUGCAGAAUCAACAGGAUUUGUGGAUGGAGUAUGUCAAUGUUGAACUCAUACACCAUGAGUUUCAGGAAGCUCUAAACCUUUGGCUGCAGGUUCAGCUUGAAUCUCAUGCAGCUGGUGUUUCUGCAGGGCAAACAGAUUUCACCAACCCAUUUUCAGCUAAAGAGAGGAUAAUGAGUAAUUUGAAGAAGUUUGAUACUCCCCAGCCCCCUCUUCCCCUCCAGACGAUGAAAGCUCCUGUGCCAGUUAUUUCCUCUGGCAGUCUAGUAAGUCAGAAAGAAGCAAUUCAGCUCAUGCGUGUGGACCUUAACAUCUUGCAGCAACAUGCCAAAACUGCAGCUCUCUGGGAAUCCCAGCACGUUGGUCUUAAUAGUGAACUACUGGACACUAUACCUAAGCUGUAUGUCAAUCGAGAAGAGCAGAUAACUGUCCACUUGGAGUGCCGGGGAAGCUCAAAUAGAGGCUGUCAGGGAGCAGCUCAUAUAACCAUCCAGUUUGAAGGGAAACAUAAAAAUGAAGCAGUGAGCCAGCAGCUUCAUGCUUUACGUAAAGAGGUGAGACAACUGCAGGCAGAAGCUACGAAGCCACCUUCUCUGGGUGUUGUGGAAGCAGCAGUACAUGUGGAAAAUUUUAUAACGGCCUUAAUCAAUAUCUACAAGUUGCAGCCUAUGCCUGCAAUUAAGAAGGUUGGAAUUAGUUUGUUUUUCACGUUGAUUGAAUAUGUGUGUGAUGAAACUCAACGCAAUCCUCCCACAAGGCAGUUCUUCACAUCCUGCAUUGAAAUUCUAGGCCAAGUGUUCAUCAGUGGGACCAAGUCGGAAUGCAAACGUCUCCUCCAGACAAUCCUGCAGAAUCGAAGGCUCUGCACUCUUCUUUCUCCUUACUUCACUCCUGUUGCCUCUCCCGAUGAAUUUGUAACUUUAUAUGAAAAAGUCGUGGCCUUUUUGAGCGAGGACAACAGUGAUGUUGUCUUCAUGCUGCUGACAAAGUUUGACCUUACACAAUGGUUAAGUGUUGCUAAGCCACCUCUGUCUGAACGUACCAAGCUCCUGGAGUCUAUUCACUUGGCUCUCAAUGCGUGUGGCCUAGAGCCUGAAGAAGAUCUUUUGAUGCCAUUCAAUAUCUUUUGCAAACAUUGGACUAACCUUCUCCAGUAUCAGUUCCCUGAUCACUAUAGUGAUUUCCUAAGAUUGAUUGUGCAAAGCUCAUCAGAGCAGCUUCUAAGCCCUGACUGUUGGAAGGUAUCACUUAAAGCUUUGGGAUGUGGUUCACCAGUGACUGAACAGGGAAGCUUCAAGAAAAGUGAUUCGACUGAAAAUCCCGUACUGCGGGAUGCUGCAAAAAUUCUCCUCUCUGUAGAACAGGUUCGAGAAACAGUAGAAUGGCUUUCCACAUCUUUCUGCAAACUCCGACUGGCUUCAGUGGACUUCAGGACGUUUGGCUUGUUUUCAAAGUGGAGUCCUUAUGUGGUUGAAGUGAACAAAUUUUUGGAGUAUCUUACUAGACGACUUAUUGAUACUGAAGUUGCCAAUUUAGCCCAAGAGCCUAUUGGCAGUAACAGAAUUCUAGCAGCAUUGCAGUCCUUGUAUUUGGUCAUUGCUGGACUCUUUAAACCAUGGAUACUGGUCUUGGAUAAGGAAGAUUCAAGUAACCAGCCCUGCUACCCUUGGUUGGAGAGUGACACCCCUGUAGCAUCCACCAUGGUGUGUUUGUUUGCAGAUUGCAUCAAGCUUUUGCACGAGAGCUUUAAAGAUAAGCUGUUGCCAAGCCACCAUGGGGCUCUCUGGUUACAUCUAAUGCAUUACUGUGAAUGCUGCACAGCCCCCAAAAUGCCCGAGUUUAUUCUCUAUAGUUACCAUACUGAGUUCAGAAGGCUUCCUUGGAAAGAAAUGCAUCCAGACCAGAUGCUUAUGGAAGAGUUCUUUAAAAUUGAAAGAGGCAGCCCCAAGAGUUGUUUCCUCUUCUUGGGUUAUAUUCUGUGUGAAAUAAACUGGGUCAGUGUUCUCUCUGAUGCCUGGAAUCCCAACCCUCAUCCUCAGACUCACAGCAUGAUUGUCUGUUUGCUGUAUAUGAUGGUCCUGUUGGGAAAGGAGGAACAACUUGUAGGCGAAGAGGAAUCACCACUCAUAAAUCUUCUUGGACAAACCAGCUCCCUUCCUUGGCAGCUUGUGGGCAUUUCAUCUUAUCAAAGCAUCAUCAGCUACUGCAACAGUCACUACCCUCCCUCUGUUAUCCUUGCCAAGGAUGCUGCGGCUGAACUGAUAGUGAAGCUCCUGAAAAUCUCAGCAGGCUUUGGUGCAUCUUCAGAUAGUCACAUCCACCUUGAUGCAACCCUUAAGUGCCGAGCAUACAUUCGCCAGGCGGUUCAAUUUCUCAGCAUCUUAGAACAAAGUGGAAAGAUCACUCUUGCAGUUUUGGAACAAGAAAUGUCCAAGUUGCUGGAUGAUAUAAUCAUCUUUAAUCCUCCAGGUAUGGAUCUGCAAACACGUCACAUGGCUCUCAGCAGCCUCUUUACAGAAAUGCUGAUGAUGAUGAACAAUUCUAGCAUUACAACAGCCGAGUCGCUACGGGGCCGCUUGCGGAAGUGGGUUGACGGCAAAGUCCAUGGGGUGCUCGCAAUGCCCCUUCUCACAGCGGCGUGUCAGAGCCUGGCCUCUGUGCGACACAUGGCAGAGACGACAGAAGCCUGUAUCACUGCUUACUUCAACGAAGAUUAUCCUCACCACCAGGAUUUAGGCUGGGGCCCUAUACUUGCUUCCCUCCAAGUUCCUGAGCUAACCAUGGAAGAAUUCCUGCAGGAGUGUCUAUCUUUAGGAAGCUACUUGACCCUGUAUGUCUACCUGCUGCAGUGCCUAAACACUGACCAAACUCUUACCAACGAAAUGAAAACCCUGCUGACCAUCAACAAAUGGCUGGAGCAAGUGUACCCAAGCUCAGCAAAGGAGGAGGCAAAGCUGUUUCUCUGGUGGCAUAAAGCCAUGCAGUUGUCCUUGAUUCAGCUGGAGCAAGAUGACACCAUUCUGACUGAAUCUGUCCUUCGGACACUGCUGUCGAUCCAGGGCAGGCAGAGUCAGCUGGCUGAAGAGAGACUGACUUCUGGAAUACUUGGUGCUAUUGGACUAGGCAGGAGGUCUCCUUUAUCACCCAGGUUUCGAGUGGUGGCCCGCAGCUUGGCUGCCUUCCUCUUGGUGCAGAUUCCAGCAGAGGAUCAAGUCCGCCUGAAAGCAGGAUCAGAGCCAAAGCUGUCACAGAGGGCCCAACAGGCACUGAAUGCUCUUGAAUCUAUGGCGUCAAACAAACAAUAUAUGGAUUAUCAAGAGCAGCUCUCCCAGGCUUCUCAGUUCAUCAAGCAUCCAGAACAUUGUCUCCGAGAUGGCAAUAAUCUCUUGGCUCUGCUUAUUAACACUCUGUACCCAGAAGUGCAUUAUUUGGACAGCAUACGAUAGCGGCAC